AACGCUAGAAAGUUGAAACCUCGCUGGCCGAGGAGCGGAGAAUGGAGGACGCGACCAACGACAACCGCCUUCUCCGUCACCGUCGCCGCCGCCGCGACAGGAAAGAAGCGAAAACUGGCGAAGACGAUGAUGGCCGGGAACAACAACACAACGAAGAAGGGAGCAAAGACGAUGAGGAAUGUGACAAGGAGGUUUGGGACACGCUCAGCGCGAGCUUCAAACAGGUUCAGUCGGUGCUGGACCAGAACCGAACGUUGAUUCAAAAGGUGAACGAGAACCACGAGUCGAAGCUUCCGGACAACCUCGCUAAGAACGUUUCCCUAAUUCGAGAGAUCAACGGCAAUAUAUCCAAGGUCAUGUCCCUCUACUCCGAUCUCUCGGCCAAUUUCUCCAGCAUCGUUCACCAGCGACGCGCCGUCACGGCUUCUAACACCAACCACGACGAAACUGAAAAGAACAAUAGCCUCAACACCGAGUCAAUUCAGACGAAGACUGCGGGACUUCUUAUCAUGCUUGCUGCCCGCAGACUUGACUGAGGUAAAAUGCUAACUGACAAGAAGAUAAGAGUAUGAAACCAUACUUUUGUCCACAUUUAGUACAGCCCUUCGGGCAGAUGAAGCAGAGUGCCUUUGCUCACUAAUUAACUUAUCAAAAUAAACGACACGGAUAAUUUCACGGCUUUGGUGUUUCAUACUAGUUACUUUUGUGGAUAUAUAGACAAGGUGCUUGGAACUGAUACUUUUUUUCUUUUCCACGUGUUCUUAAUUUUCUGUUCCUGAGCAUCUGAGCUUAGUGUUGAGGGCAUCUUUUCCUUUUCAUAAAGAAUUUCCUGUUGCUUCUCUGCAUAUAAUGAUGGAGCACCAGUUAUAAAAAAAAGUUGAUUUUUUCGCUAAUCAGAAAAACUGAUUCUAUACCCUAGUUUUUUUAUCUAUCUGUGUCAACUAAUGGAUUAUAUCCUUGCCUUGGGAUCUGGGUGACCAAGUUACUACUCCUUUGCAGUCAUUUAUCAACUAAAAAUGAUGAACUGAGGAUGUCAUGUUUGUGUUUUGGACUGUAGUUUCAGCAGCUAGUGUCAGCUAUUAGUGUCAGUAGUCCAGGCAUUAGGAAAAGUGUGGCAUUUUGGAUUUCUAUCUUGUUUCGACAGAAUCAUUAAGAUGCUCCCUAGAUCCAUGUUCCACAUCACCAGGUUGUUAGAAGAAAUGUUCUCUUAACCAAAUGAGGCUUGGAAUUUGAGGUGGGAUACUUUGAUAUUGUUCUUUGGAUUAGAUUGGUCAUAUUAACUGCUAAAUUGUUUUAGCAUCUGGCAAUUAAUACCACAUGAGAAUCUUUUUGAAAUUUGCUUUCCUGUAACUUAACAAGUUUUGGAUUAAAUAGCUAUUUAGGCUAUUUUGCUUAUAUUCGAAAUAACUUAGUCCUCUAUGUUCUUAUACUCUCUUUGUCAUCAUUCUAUCCCUAUUUCAUCAUAUUACUUUUUACUUGAAAAAAUUAGCAUGCCAUAUUUGUCCAUGGUAUGUUCAACAAUAUCUUGUUAAGAGUAUGUCAUGCAUACUUUUACAUUUUUUUGUUGCCAAGAUAGAUUAUCUUUUAGUAGAUCAUUUGGUCAACUAGUGUUUUGCGUGAGUGAAUAUGUGUUGAGUGUGUGGGAAUGUUAGUUGUCCCACAUUGCUUGGUGAAGAGGGAUAAUGUGAGUAUAAAUAGCCCAAAUUAUGAUAUUAGGUUUGGGUUUUAAGGGGUACCUAAAUUUUGUGGGCGAGCGAACCCAUACUCACACACGCACCCCGUCGGUCCAGAUUGGAUUAGAUGAGAUAAAAAAGAAUAAAAUAAUAUAUUUUUAAGUAAAAAUUUAUUUAAUAUAUAUUAUUUUUAUCCAAAUAGUGCCCCCGAAUUUCCUCCGGCGUGCUUCGCGCUUCUGGGUUUCUCUCCACCAUGUCGCAGUCCCAGCUCAUUUUCCAGAUUUCACCCUGCUUGUUUCCGGAAUUCAUUCCACGCGUUUUGAGAUUUCAUGCGUGGCUGUUUUGUCCGGCUCUAUAUUUAUAUAUACGAGCUUCCAGUUCCGCGAAGAAGUUUUGAAACUCCACUCUCUCUCUCUUCAGCUGAUACAGAAUUUUUUUCAGAAUUUCCUCUCCAUUUUACUGUUAAUCAGAGAGCUCAAUUCCUUUCUCCAAUCUUUCUUCUAUCCAAAAUAGAGAGCAAAUACCACUUCGACUUCUGCCAGAUUUGGCUGUUCUUGGCUUAUGUUCUGCUGGUGAGAUUGUUUCAUUCUAUUAAGACUAUUGCCGUAGUCUACUAGCUACUAGUGCAGGGUGAUUCUGUCUUCAGAACGACGAGCUUUCACGUCUCGAUUUGUAUUAAAUUUCUUUGUUCAUUACAGUGUUAUCUACUGCUGUCAUUAUUUACAUUCUUUUACUGUACGGAUGUUAUAUUAAUAUUGUUGUUUACCCCAAGAACUAGACUCAUAUGAGGAAUGGAAUAUGCAUGGACUAUUUGCCGGGAUAUAUUGUGUACUUUUGCAUCAGGUCAUUGGCCAGACUGUUCUCUGGUAAUCUAAAAUGCUCUUACAUCUAAG